CCAGUACGUGGUUGUAGUUCAAGAAUAAAACCUGAGAGCAGCAGAGAACAGACACAACCAGCAGUUUGCAUGCGGUCACCUUCUUUUACACUUCGAGAUUGUCAACAAUCCCAAAGAUUCAGCAGCUCAAAUGACUUAAGUAGGUUCUAGGUUGUAUUAUUUAGCACAAACAAGAGAAAAGCUUAACAACCUGGCUAAACAACAGUCUAUAUAUAGUCUCCUCGUUGAAAGCGAUCUGCUCUGUCUGACUCCAUGGGCCACUAGCGAUGGGAAUACAGACCCGGACCCUACCGUGGCUCCUCCCCUUCCUGCACUCCUCCCCCCGUCAUGUGGCCCAUCGACGCUCAUUCAAACUUUCAGCCAAUGGCAUCCUGCCAACACACAGCCACACCCUCCUGUGUCGCCAUUUUAGCAACGGCAGCUCUGCUGCCCAGCCUGUGAUUGGUCAAGACUCUGUGGAGGUCCUAGGCCACACCUACCCCCGCGAUGACGUCACCAAUAUUACACCCAAGAUCCUGGCCAAAGUUGGAAGGAAUCUCCACAAUCAAUCCCAUCAUCCUCUCUGGCUCAUCAAGGAGAGGAUCAAAGACCAUUUCUAUGGCGCCUAUACCGGUCGUGGGAACCCCUUGUUCUCGGUCCAUGACAACCUGAGUCCUGUUGUUACCACCGAGCAGAACUUUGACAGCCUUCUGAUCCCAGCUGAUCACCCCAGCAGGAAAAGAGGCGACAACUACUUCCUGAACAGGACUACGAUGCUCCGUGCACACACAUCUGCCCACCAGAGGGAGCUAGUGAGGUCGGGCCUGGAUAGGUUCCUAUUGGCUGGAGAUGUAUACAGGCGGGACGAGAUCGAUGCCACUCAUUAUCCCGUCUUCCAUCAGAUGGAGGGCGUUCGGCUGUUCACUAAUCAUGAGCUGUUCUCGCGGGUGGAGAACGGCGAGGACCUGUCUCUGUUUGAGGCGGGCGGCAGACGCACGGCUCAGAAGCAGCAGUGCCACACGCUGGAGGCCGUGAAGCUGGUGGAGCACAACCUGAAGAGCACCCUGAAGCGGCUCGUCACCAGUCUGUUUGGGAAAGAUCUGGAGGUGAGAUGGGUGGACUGCUACUUUCCCUUCACACAUCCCUCCUUUGAGAUGGAGGUGCGUUUCCGUGGCGACUGGCUGGAGGUUCUGGGAUGUGGAGUCAUGGAACAAGAGCUCGUCAACUCAGCGGGGGCAGGCAAUAAGCUGGGCUGGGCGUUCGGCCUGGGCCUAGAGCGGCUGGCCAUGGUGCUCUACAGUAUACCAGACAUCAGGCUCUUCUGGAGCCAGGACCCACGCUUCCUCCAGCAGUUUGUCCUGUCUGACAUCCACCAGCCAGUCAGCUUCCAGGUAGGACGCACACCUGCAUGCACAGCUCGCACACAUACAUAUAAGCGCGCCGCGCACGCACACAUACAUGCAUGUACACAUGUUGGCACGCACACACACGUAUAUGAGUGUACAUUUGUAUGCAUGCACACACCUACAAAUACAUGCGGAUAACUACUAUAUCGCUAUUACUAUAUCCUUAAUACAUAAUGG